UUUUCAUGGUAGUGUGUGACGGAGAGAGAGUGUUGAGGUUGAAGCGGGAAAGAAUGGCAAUUCCCAUGUUGAGGGCUGCAAUGAUUUCUCAUUCUCAAUCUCAACAACUCAUUCAUUCCCUAUCUGCUAUCAAUGAAACUGCUAAGAGGAGGAAAAGAGUGGUGGUCUCUUCUUCUUCUUCAGAACUUAACCCUUUAAUUCGGUCAGAAGUAUCAUUUUGUGUCGGGACUUGCCUCAUUCCACAUCCAAAAAAGGUUAACACAGGUGGAGAAGAUGCUUUCUUUGUUAGCAGCUAUAAUGGGGGAGUCAUUGCUGUUGCUGAUGGGGUCUCUGGUUGGGCUGAAGAGGACGUGGAUCCUUCUGUGUUCCCUCGUGAAUUGCUUGCUAAUGCUUCCAAUUUUGUUGGAGACGAGGAGCAGGUGAACUAUGAUCCUCAAAUUCUUAUAAGGAAAGCACAUGCUGCUACUUCCUCCACAGGCUCAGCUACUGUCAUCGUUGCUAUGCUGGAGAAGAAUGGUACUCUGAGGAUUGCUAAUGUUGGGGAUUGUGGAUUAAGACUCAUCCGUAAUGGCCACGUAGUUUUUUCCACUUCUCCCCAAGAGCACUACUUUGACUGUCCAUUCCAACUAAGCUCUGAGGGGGUUGGCCAAACAUACCUUGAUGCAGCGGUAUGCAAUGUACAGUUGAUGGAAGGAGACACAAUUGUCAUGGGAUCUGAUGGCCUUUUUGACAAUGUUUUUGAUCAUGAAAUUGUUCAAACAAUUGUUAAACACAAAGAUGUUGCAGAGACUGCAAAGUCAUUAGCUAACUUGGCAAGCAGUCAUGCAUUGGAUUCAAAUUUUGAUUCUCCCUAUUCCUUGGAAGCCAGGUCUAGGGGUUUUAAGCCCCCCUUAUGGAAGAAGAUUCUUGGAAUGAAGCUUACUGGUGGAAAGGUUGACGAUAUUACAGUAAUAGUUGGUCAGGUUGUGAGUUUAUGAGAUUUGCUUGUUAUGCAGAUGAAAGAACACAAGUUUCAUUGGAUAAUUUUUUUCAUAAACACUUGAAAAAAAUAAAGAAAGAAGAAAUUCAGGUAAAAUAAGUUUAUUAAUUUGAAAUUUCAA